AUGGCGCAAAAUUUCCUGUACAUGUUUGAAUUUGUGGUCGAUGAUCUACUGAUAACACGGCCCAAUCAUUGCGCCCCAGAAGAGUUCCCUACGUGCUGUGAAAUCUGCUUUCGGUCUAGCGUUUUUGUUUCGAUUUGUGAUCGCGAAUUCGGUCAAUGCGUAGACAUUUGCGCUCCCAAGUGUGGAAAAUGCUGUCUAUUCUCACUGGAGUCGCCAGUAACGGAAAAAGAUCGUCUGAUUAUUCACAUCUACAAGAAGAAGACCGAUAAAUGCAAAUUCCUUGUCGGUGCUACAGACAUUCCCAUAAAGCCACUUUUCGAUAAAGUAACGGAAAGCUUCAAUAUCGAAAAUCCCAACUGGAUGGAGCAAUUGGCCAAGCAUACGGCCCGUAUGCCUUAUCCGAAGACUUCAUCCAAAACCACUGUCGUCGAUAACGAUUGCGAUGAAGAUAGUAUCGGACGGCCUGAACAAAUGUGUCCUACAUCAGAACUAACCAAACGCUUGUUGCCCCUCUUCAAUAUGAAGCACAUGCAAACCGGUAAUUUGGUGCUUAUAAUGCGUCUCGUGUGCAAUGGGCCAACGAUUGUGUCUAGCUUCCCAUUCUCACGCAUUUGUUCAACGGGUUGUGCCAAGAAAACUACACCAUGUCCCUCUAAUUGCGCGGCCAUAGAAUCGCCGCAGUCACAAGGUGUUUGCCCGAUGCCGGAUCCUUGUAAAAAGGAAGAAAAGAGUGCUCCUGUUUGUCGCAGGUACUUUGCCUGCAAUGCAGACAAGGGUUGCCCUUGCGAAGAGUGCGAAGACUAUUGCGACAGGGGUAAGAUUUCGUUUAAGAUUCUAUGUAAAAACAAUGUCAAUAAAAGAUCAAUAUAA